AUGCAAGAUCAGAACCAAGAUGCUGUCGUCAGCCAGCCACCGCAGCCUCCCAAGCCUGGCGCCAUCUCUCUCGACGAUGAGAGGACCCUCGAAAUGUUUGAGAACAUGGAUGUCACCCGCUUGAACAAUAUUCGCAAACGUGCGACGGAGCUGCAGACAGCUGGCCAGACUAGAGAAAGUUCGUCAGAGCUGGGCAAGCUCCUCACCAUCCUCGAUAUGUAUGCUAGGGCCAAACAAAUCAAACAUGAUCGCGCUCUUGCAGCUAACAAGCCCACCGAGGAUGGCACGUCAGCUCCUGCUACCCCUGUCAGUGCCCCCAACUCGGCUCACAUCUCCAUGAACCCUUCCCAGAUCGCUCAACUCCGUACACAAGCUGCCGCCUACCAAAGUCUCUCCAAGGGUCAGCCCAUCCCCGACUUUCUGCUCUCUGCUGCCCAGGGCAACCCCCCUCCUGGUGUCGCGGGACAGCCUCCUGUCCCUCAAGAACAAGAAGGCGUUGCUGCCAAAGUGGUAGACAAGGUUGUCGAGACUGUGGUAGAGGACAAUCUGGAGGCAAAGGAGAAGGAUGGCAGGCUGGAAGAGCAGCCUUACCUCAUGGAGUACGACGAGUCAUCCAUCAUUUACCCCUACAAUGCCUAUGUCGACCCUUCUAUCUAUGCCAAGCGUAGAUUCGACGACGAAGUCACCAACCCUCUCCACAAACGUCAACGUCUCAUCACGCCGGCGAUCAUGCCUCGUGGCCUCGACCCCUAUCUUCUGAUGGAGGAGCGAAACAGAUAUAUUGAGACUCGAAUGGCCUGGAGGAUGAAGGAGCUCGAAGAUCUCGACUCUACUGCCGGAUUAGGUACAGCUGGUGCUCAGGAUGUCCCCAACAUCGCCGAGGCCGAAAAGUCGAAUUCCAAUUUGGGCAUACAAGCUCGUAUUGAGCUUAUGAGCCUUCGACUGGUUGGCAAGCAACGUCUCUUGCGAGAGGACGCAGUUCGAGCCAUGCACGGUGCGACACAAGUUCCUGCCGACCGAUCCCAGUUCCGUCGAUUCCGCACUCACACUCUGCGAGACGCCCGGGCUACCGAGACUGCCGAAAGACGCCAGAGGACCGAACGUGAACAGAGAGGCAAGCAGCGACAUAUGUCGUACAUUCAUUCUAUCUGCGAUCAUGGUCAGAACCUCAUUGGUGCCGGUGUGGGCUCGCUUCGGGGCCAGGGUUCGGACAAGAUGAAGAGGCUGGGCAGGUCGAUGCUCAAAUUGCAUGCCGAUACCGAAAGGGAAGAGCAAAAGAGAAUCGAAAGGAUUGCCAAGGAGCGUCUCAAGGCUCUUCGAAACGAUGAUGAAGAGGCCUAUCUGGCGUUGCUUGGUGAAGCCAAAGACUCCCGUAUCUCGCAUCUCAUGGACCAGACCGACCAAUACCUCGAGACCCUUGCUGCUGCUGUUAUCGAGCAGCAGAAUGACGAUGUGCAUCGCGACGCCAUCAUUUCCGAACCGUUCGAGGUUGAAGACGGUCCUGCAAACGAGGAAAUGUUUGGUGCUAGGAGGCAGGAUGGAGAGGAAGCGGGCGCGGAGAGGAGGGCGGGCAAGGUGGAUUACUAUGCUGUCGCGCACAAGACUCAGGAGAAGGUCACCAAACAGGCUGAUCUUUUGACGGGUGGUACGUUGAAGGACUACCAGGUCAAGGGUCUGCAAUGGAUGAUCAGUUUGUAUAACAAUCGUCUCAACGGUAUCCUGGCGGACGAAAUGGGUCUCGGUAAAACCAUCCAAACCAUCUCCCUCAUUACUUACCUCAUCGAGAAGAAGAGGCAACCUGGGCCAUUCCUGGUCAUUGUACCACUUUCGACUCUCACCAAUUGGACGCUUGAAUUCGAGCGAUGGGCUCCCGCUGUUCGAACUUUGAUCCUCAAGGGCUCUCCCGCUGUCCGUCGAGAAGCAUAUCCUCGUUUGCGAGCCAUGGACUUCCAAGUCUGUUUGACUACAUACGAAUACAUCAUCAAGGAGAAGCCUUUGCUGAGUCGAAUUAAAUGGGUCCACAUGAUCAUCGACGAAGGUCAUCGAAUGAAGAAUGUCAAGAGUAAAUUGAGUCAAACCUUGAAUGAGCAUUAUAGCUCGAGGUACAGAUUGAUUUUGACUGGUACACCUCUCCAGAACAAUCUUCCUGAACUCUGGGCUUUGCUCAACUUUGUUCUUCCCAAGAUUUUCAAUUCCGUCAAGUCUUUCGAUGAAUGGUUCAACACUCCCUUCGCCAACACGGGUGGUGAGAAGAUGGAGAUGAAUGAAGAAGAGGCCUUGCUCGUCAUCAAGCGUUUGCACAAGGUUCUGCGUCCAUUCUUGCUUCGACGAUUGAAGAAAGAUGUCGAGAGCGAGCUACCGGACAAGGUUGAGAAGGUUCUCUACACCAAGAUGAGUUCCUUGCAGUGGAAGCUCUACGAAAGUGUACAGAAAUACAAGACAUUGCCUACCGAUAUGACUGCUGCUAAACCUCAAAAACGACAGAAUCUGCAGAACGCUCUCAUGCAGCUUCGAAAGAUUUGCAACCAUCCCUAUGUCUUCCGAGAGGUCGAUGAAGACUUCAGUGUCGGCCAAAGCACGGAUGAGCAAAUUAUCCGAGUCGCGGGCAAGUUUGAGCUGUUGGAUCGAAUACUGCCAAAGUUGUUUGGGACUGGCCACAAGGUCCUUAUCUUCUUCCAAAUGACUGAAAUCAUGACCAUUGUCUCCGACUUCUUCGAGUUCCGAGGAUGGAAAUACUGCCGACUUGACGGUUCCACAAAGGCCGAAGAUCGUCAGGCUCUCUUGUCUACUUUCAACGACCCCAACUCUCCUUACCAAGUAUUCAUUCUUUCCACCCGUGCCGGUGGUUUGGGUUUGAAUUUGCAAUCUGCCGACACUGUCAUCAUCUAUGACACUGAUUGGAACCCUCACGCGGAUCUGCAAGCUCAAGAUCGAGCCCAUCGUAUCGGUCAGAAGAAGGAAGUCCGAGUCUUGAGGUUGAUCUCCUCUGGCACCGUUGAAGAGCUUGUCCUUGCCAGAGCUCAAAGAAAAUUGGAGAUUGAUGGCAAGGUCAUCCAGGCCGGUAAAUUCGACGACGUCACCACUGGUGCCGAGUACGAAGCUCUGCUCCAGAAGGCUUUUGAGGCUAGCAACGAGGAAGACCAAGAUGAGACCAACGAGCUCGAUGAUGACGAGCUCAAUGAGCUGCUUGCUCGAGGCGACCACGAGCUCGAGAUAUUCGCCCAAAUGGACAAGGAGCGCAAUGAACGCAAGCUUGCUGCCUGGCGAGCGUCUGGUCACACCGAGGAUCUUCCUCCUGUCCUUAUGGCCGAGUCCGAGCUGCCACCGUUCUACCGCCGGGACAUCGGUCAAGAGAUGGCCGCACAAGUCGCCAAUGAAGACGAACAAGGCCGUGGUCGUCGUACCAAGACUGACGUCCGAUACAACGACGGUCUCACAGAUGACCAGUUCCUUGCGGCAUUGGAAGACUCGGACGACGAUGUUGAAGACGCCUCGGACAGGAAGAAGAAGAGGUCCGAUAAGAAGGCGGAAAGGAAGAGGGUGAAUGACAUGUUGGCACGGGCAGAAGCCGAUGGACGACCAUUGGAUGCUUCAGCUCUCAGGGGAGAAGUCGCCGAGCCUCCUCUUGCUGCUUCUUCUGGUGGGAAAAAGAAGCGGGCGAGGCCUAGUACAUCGGUCACUCCUUCGGUCACCGGAGACGAUGUCCCUAGCAAGAAGAGAAAGACCGACAAGAUCCACAGUGCUGAGGUCCAAUUGAUGACCAGAUUGUUGUCGGACGUCAACAAUCUGAAAUCAGAGUUGGGAGAGGAUCUCAAUCAAUUCUUCCUCGUCCCUGUCAAUCGAAAGGACUAUCCCGACUACUACAAAAUCAUCGCCCAGCCCAUCGCUAUGUCUCAGAUCAAGGCCAAGGUUGGCAAACCAUCCUACAACUUGCAGUCCCUCUACAAUGAUCUGCACCUCUUGUGGAACAACGCCCGUACCUACAACCAGGAGGGUUCAUGGGUGUACAAUGCCGCCGAGGACAUGCAAGAAGGUUUCGACAGGAUGUGGGAGGAGCAGGUGCCACCGUUCCUCGCUUCGCAGGGCGGCGAGAAUGGAGGGUCGUCCUAUGGUGACACCUCGGGUGCUCCCAGUGGAAGCAGCACUCCCAUGUUCAAGUCUGUUGGUGAGAAGGCGACUGCGCCGAAGAUCAGGAUAUCGAUGGCGAAAAAGCAGGUGGAAGCUGCCAUGGAUGAGGACAGCGAUGAAGAAGACGACGACGAUGAAGAUGAUUACUAG